UUGAGUUAAUUGAUCCUUUUUGUAAAAUCUAUACAUCGGUAUACUUACCACUAACCCUUCACAACCUUGCGAAUCCCGGCAUAAUGUGUUCAGGGGAAAAAGUAUAAGCUUUACCUUUCGAUUUUAGCAAACUAUUAAACGUUUAUAUUAAUAUAAAGUAUUAAACGAAUGGGCUGAAAAACAAUUGUUAAGAUAAGAAAUUAUGCGAAAUAAGUAAGAAAGUAUAUACCAUAGUAAUAUCACAGCGACUUGCGUUUCGAAUCGUACAACGGUGUCAGUUAGAAAACGAGCGUGUGUUUCAUUUAUAAGCAAUGGGUUGUCCUGCGUGACGUAUUCAAAUGUUUGCGCCACCAUCAGAAGCCGGUACCACCGUUAAAGGUAUGUGUUUUGACCGCUGGUGACGUCACAAUGCUCUGUAGGACGAUUGGAGGAACGAAAAAAACGCUCUUUCUAAGGACAUGCCCUCAGCGUUCGCUUUCAUUCGAGUGGUGACCAUUGAACGGUUCAGACGGUCAAACGGUUUGUGCGACCCCCAUGAGCAUGAAUCGAAGUAGUGCAUGUGUGUGACCAUUUAGGCACCGGCUUCAUCAAAGUUAUUUAAGUGUUGGAUCAGGAAAAAAGGAAUUAUAGAUUUCAUAACUCUGAUUUGCUUCGAAAAAUGUAGUGGAUAAUAGAAAAGUUCCAAUAUGACCCCUUGGCAAACGUUGCGUGGCACACGUGUAAUGGUUUUUUUUUCUAUGGCCCAGUGUGUACGUUGUGUAAAUCUGUGUCCAAGUAGAAUACGUGUGGCUUUAAGUGUUUAAACAGUCCGGAACCCUACAGAAGAAACCCACGGCCCGUUUGUAGCGUUCGUGGUAAAGGUGUUGGUUUGUGUGUUGCGUCUGUUGCGAUCAUUAUUUCCCCCUUUUUUCAAGCAAUGUCCACAAAGCGAUGUGUGCGCGCGCGUUGCAUCAUGAAUAAUUAAGGAUCCGCGCGCCUGUAAACCUUUCCGAUUCCGAGUUGGAAACCGUUGGCGGCGACGACAAAAAAAGGAGGAAAAACAGUUGCUCGAAAAUGCCGUACGGAAAGUGGCAUAUAAUUACACCCAAACGCAAGCAAGGGAACGUCGAAAUUGGUCAAUGUUUUUGGAGGCGAAGUAUUCGAUGUUAGGAUAUUAGGACUCUAUCGCGUGGAUUUCUCUGGCUUGAUGGAGUUCAUAACUUAUGCAAUGGGACCGAAAUGCCUUUGUCCCGUUGUGUUGACACCUUCUGUGACACUUCCGUUGCAGUGUGUGUCUGCGUGUGCGGGAAACAGGGGAACAAGAGUAGGUUACCCAAACAAAACCAAACUCUCGUUCCCUGUGCCUAUUAGAAGGCGGUAAACAAGUGGCAGAGCUCUGACAGGGAUUCCACUGUAUUGACCCGAUUACCCUGCGGUUCUGGUGGAGGGAGAAAGAUCUGCACGAUGGAUCGGAACCAAGUUUCGAAUCGCUGGGCACCAAUUUUCGUGAAAAAGGUGGACGUCUCCGUCGUCGGGUUCCAUUUGCAACUGGGGGCUGAUGUUAUCUUUCACCGGUAAAAGUUUCCCGCGAGUAGGUGGUACCAUUAAUGGGGCGAAUUGUUAACAGAUAAUUGAGCUUUUCGUAGUCGAAUUGAUUGAUUGAUUGAAAGUGAAUUGGGAAUUCUUCGGUGGUAACGUUGAUGGCACCGUUGUAUUCGUACGCCAUUCGAUUUUUCUCGGUGUAAAUUGUGUCACUCUGUCUGCGGUGUGUGUCUCUUUUGGGAAUUGGGAGAGGUAAUGAUCGCACGAAAAGUAAUGUGUUUUUUUUUUGUACGGUUAAGAUCGUCAAAUUCGUGACCGGAUUCAAUUUGUAGCUGCGAGAUAAACAUGUGUCCACGUCGUUUAAGAUCCUUAUCGGUAAAAUACGAACAAACGAAAUUCGAUGUCCAAUCAUCAAGAUGUAGUGCUGUGGUCUAUGUAGGUUAAACACAGGUACGUUUUUGUAGCAAGAAACAUUGGAACUGUCUUUUCAGUCGUUGAACUAUCUUGCUUUUGUGUAGACCCGCACGAUGGUCAUGUUGAAAUGAAUUAUUAAACUAGUGCUCUGUAAAGUGAUGAUCGCGUAGCAGUACAAUAAUCGGUCAAUGAGCUACGGGGGUCUCGUCCCGGGUCAUGUAAAGAGUGCCACAAACGUGUAGGAACGUGUAGUUUCGGUGAGUACUUAACCGUGAUGGUGCUACCAAAAAACACGUCCAUAAAUGUUUUAGCAUAUGUGACCAUUUGAGAGUGACAUGUAAUCAACUCCCACGAGAAGCAAACAAAUCUACAAAUUAAUGACAAACACACGCUAACAAUCACAUUAAACGGUAGCUAGGGAAGAGAAGAAGAAAACAAACAACCACCGAACGGAGGUCACUGUGAGUUUGUGUGAAGGUUUUUGUUUAUUUUCUCACUUCACUGUUGGCGCUAUUGUGUGGCCGAAGGUGGAGCUAACAGCAGUGCUUAGUUUCGCCUCACAUCCCACGGUUCAGGAUGGUGUACAAACCACCAGGCACCUCCACCACGACACGUGGUAUCUCACCGCAGCGACCACAGUACCCAGCCAACCAGCGUCCAGGUGACAUCCAGCGUGGUCGACGACGGGCCAUAUUGCCGGGAGAGACUUCCUACAACAAUAACCACACCGGCGGCAGUGUGCGCAGUAAGCUAAACAAUCAUGUCGCACCGGGUGACCGAGGUAAUACGGGAACAUCCGGCAGUGGUGGUGGUGGUGGUGGUAUGAAGCGUUCGAACAGUCUCAACAACAAGUAUAACAAUACGGUGACAACGUCGCAGACACGUCGUUCAAACAGCAUCGAACGGAUGAACAAUGGCAAGGUGUACCGUGGACGUAGUCCGUUGCGAAAUUCCACCUCAAAUCUAAGCACGACUAGCGGUACCAUUGGCCAUAAUGGUACCAACCGGAACCAGCCGGUGCUGAUCCGUUCCAGAGGAAAUGACAUCGGUAGCAUCGACAAUUUAGAUAACAUCACUCAAGCAUCGACUGGCAGUAGCAACUCGAUGCCAGGAACACCAGAAGAUAACAUCAAUGUGGUGGUGCGAGUGCGUCCGUUAAGCACUAAAGAGGCAAGACAUGGUGAUGAGAUGGUGGUACAAUUUCCUGGAAAUGGCCAAAUCUUGUGCGAUGGAAUUCCGCUAAGUUCGGGGGCAGGUGGACAGAAACCGAAGCUGUUUUCGUACAACGUUGUGUUCGAGCCGGGUGCCACACAGGACGACGUGCUGCAGUACUCCGGUAUAAAACGACUGAUCGAGAUGGCGAUCGAAGGGUUUAGUUGUACUGCGUUUUGCUACGGUCAGACCGGUUCGGGUAAAACACAUACACUUACUGGACCACCGGAAUUGUUUUAUCGUAAACCAGACCCAGCCCACGAGGAUCAUGGAUUGGUUUUUCGCUCCUUUCUAUAUUUGUUCAAGCUGCUACAAGAGCGGAAAGAUACCAACUUUAUCCUGAAGGCAUCGUUCCUGGAGAUUUACAACGAAAAGGUGAUAGACUUACUGAAUCCCGGCACGGCAAGAAAACCGCUCGCCGUACGAUGGUCCAAAAAGUCACGUGGCUUUUUUGUGGAGAAUUUGUUCACCGUUGACUGCGAGGAGCUGGACGAUCUACUAGCGGUCCUGGAGGAAGGAAUGCGAAAUCGGCACGUCGGUGCUCAUCUGAUGAACGAUUAUUCCUCCCGUAGUCAUACGAUCCUGACGGUGCACAUCACUUCCGAGCAGCAGGCGGAAGGUGGUGUUUUCAUUUCCAAGCAGGGUAAAAUUAACUUUGUCGAUCUAGCAGGCAGCGAGAUGACGAAGAAAACGCACAGCGAGGGUAAAACGCUGGAGGAGGCUAACAACAUCAACAAGAGUUUGAUGGUUUUGGGGUAUUGUAUUGCGUCAUUAAGCGACUCGAAGAAGCGAAGUGGGCACAUUCCAUAUCGGGACAGCAAGCUAACCAAGCUGCUGGCGGACAGUCUUGCAGGAAACGGAGUGACUUUGAUGAUUGCUUGCAUUUCGCCGGCCCAUUCGAAUGUGACCGAAACGGUGAACACGUUGCGUUAUGCGGCACGUGCUAAGCGUAUCCGCACGAAGCCCAUCAUCGUGAUGGACCCACGGGAAGCUCUCAUCCUGAGCUUAAAACGAGAAAUUGGAGCACUGCAGGUAGAAAAUGAACACCUCAGAACGGCGCUCAAUCUGCAGACAGAAGCACAGGACAUCAACAGUCAGGUGGAUCUGUUGGAGCGUCGACCAGUACCGCGCACUCCACCCAAGGUAGAUGUGGAAAAGCUCACCGAUAUGGAGGGCAACGAACUGAAGGAACUGGUGAAGGUGUACAUCAUGGAAAAUCAAGCGUUACGUCAGGAGAAUGCCGAACUGUACUCGACGCGGGAAAUGAUCAUCCGAGAUCAGGAACUGGUGUGUCGGGAGAACGAGCGAUUGCUCAAAAAGUUGGAGGAUGUUAAUUCGGUUUGUUGCCGCUCUCCGAUCAUACCGGCUCGACCGACAUUUUCAGCCGAAAUGCUGAAUUUAUCUGCCGCGAGCGGUGACGUGGAAGUGUCGAAUAUUUGGCGCAAUCCGCUCAGUUCUAGCGCCGAUAGCAUGAAUCGGUACAGGAAUGAAUCGCUAGACGGACGUGUGUCGGCAAAUGAGAAUAAAAUUCCCGAACUGCUUCAAAAGGAACUGGACAAACGCCGGAUCGGUGAUAGCAUUACAACCAUUGCUAACAACUUAAAGCGCAACAAUUCAUGGGACAACACAAAUCGUUCGAAUGGCACGGGUCAUGGCGUGAAAUUAGCCUCCCGCAAAGGUUCGGCAGACAGUCGUCAUUCGGAUCCAAGCCAGGCAAGAUCGAGUCAAACAAGAAUUAUAGACCUCACGCAAAUUCCCUAUCAGAUGGCACGCUCCACUGCUGCGUCUCAACCGCCCUGGAGACGUUCAGCACAAAGGGCGGCAAGUGCUCAAAAACCAGCAACGCCAAUGUUUGUCCGGAAAGAGAACAAUCUGCUCGCUAAGAGCAAAUCGACAGACGAAGGGCUUCUGCCAUUGAGGCGGAACGUGUUCGGUAGUCUACUGUCGCUUGAUGCCGAAAGCAACAUUUCACCUUUGUGAAACAGCAUGAUCAGCUAAAUGAAGCUAUGCACUCGCAUCAAUCAGGAACUGGAAAGUGCAUCGGAAAGGAAAAUCAUGUGAUAAUGUACUGAAGCGCAGGGAUUUAAAAGUAUGGUCAAAAACACAGUGCAAUUGCCGCCACAUUAAAACAAUAAAAAUCAUUCUACUUUGGAUACACCACUGUAAUACGUGGUAAAAUAAAUAAUUGAUAAACAAAA